AACUAGAUAGGACAGGAUAAGAGUGGAUAAGAGUACUUUGCAAGCCACUCGGCAAUUCAGUCGUCGUUCAGUUGCUCUUGUUAUUCGAGGUUUCAAGAAUUGUUUUAAUAUUCAUAAGAAUAUUUCGACGUUAUGUCUGAAGAAGUGCCAGCAACAUUGCAGAAAUUGUAUCGGUACAUAGAUGACCAUAAAACAGAGUACAUUAGUAAUUUGCGAGAUGCAGUAGCGAUUAAAUCUGUCUCGGCAUGGCCUGAAAAACGUGACGAGAUAAUAAAAAUGAUGCAUUGGGUGGAGCAGCGAUUGAAAGAUCUCUCUGUGAAAACGAAACUAACUGAUAUAGGUACGCAAAAAAUUGCCAAUGGGACAGAAAUUCCCUUGCCUCCAGUAUUGUUAGGGGAUUUCGGGAGUGAUCCAACGAAAAAGACUGUACUUAUUUAUGGGCACUUGGAUGUACAACCUGCUUUGAUCGAAGAUGGUUGGGAUACUGAACCUUUUACUCUUGUCGAGAAGGAUGGGAAACUCUUUGGUCGUGGAAGCACCGACGAUAAAGGCCCCGUUCUUUGCUGGUUACAUGCAUUGCAAGCUUAUAAAGCUAUUGGGACAGAGAUUCCGGUUAACAUAAAAUUUGUCUUUGAAGGAAUGGAAGAAAGUGGCAGUGAAGGCCUGGAUGAAUUGCUUUGGACCCUCAAAGAUACAUUCCUGAAAGGAAUAGACUAUGUUUGCAUUUCAGACAAUUAUUGGAUUGGUACUACUAAACCUUGCAUUACUUAUGGUUUGCGAGGCAUUUGUUACUUUGAACUUUCUGUAACAUGUGCAAGCAAGGACUUGCACAGCGGUACCUUUGGAGGAACCAUUCACGAGGCUAUGACUGACUUAAUUUAUCUGAUGAAUACACUGGUCGAUCUUAAUGGACGUAUUUUAGUUGAUGGCAUAUACGACAAUGUUGCAAAAAUUACAGACGCAGAGUUAAAUACAUAUGGUGAUAUAGAAUUUGAUGUGAACGAAUUCCGAACUAGUGUAGGAACCAAGAGACUAGCGCAUAAUGAAGAUAAGACCCAACUGCUGAUGCAUCGUUGGCGUCAUCCAACUUUAUCAUUGCAUGGAAUCGAGGGAGCAUUCAGUGAGUCAGGAUCCAAAACUGUCAUACCUGGAAGAGUUAUUGGCAAGUUCUCCUUACGAAUAGUACCUAACAUGACGCCAAAAGAGGUGGAGCAGAAGGUAGUUUCUCAUAUAGAGAAAAAAUGGUCCUCCAGAAACAGCCCCAAUGAAAUGAAAGUGUUCAUGAAUCAUGGAGGAGCACCUUGGACCGAAAAUCCAGAUCACCCACAUUACGUAGCAGCAAGAAAAGCUACCAAGUAUGUUUACAAGGUUGAUCCUGACCUUUGCAGAGAAGGAGGCUCGAUUCCUGUUACUUUAACGUUCCAAGAAGUUACUGGAAAAAAUGUUUUGCUACUGCCAGUUGGUGCUGGAGACGAUGGUGCUCAUUCGCAAAAUGAAAAACUGAAUAUUCGAAAUUACAUUGAAGGGACAAAAUUGCUUGGAUCUUAUUUGUAUGAAGUUGGCCAGAUAUCUAAAUAAGUGAGAAAAAUACUGUCUUUUAAAAGAUAAACCGAGGUAAAGUGAUCUUAUUUUUAUAUAAGGCUUAUAUAUGUUAAAGCCAAUGGGGCAAAUGCAGUUUAUUCAUUCAAUUUACAUAUGCUUAUAUAAAAGUAUUCUUAUAAAUAAAAUGAAUCAAAAAUCCCUUA